AUGUCGUCUCCAGCUCCCCUCCUCCGACCCCCGAUUCCAGGCGGACGCUCCCAGAGCGGCAGUCGCACUCCCCGUCUCGGACUCUCCAUCCCCCCAUCACCACAUGCUAGGCAAGUGGUCAAUGGAGCUGGUGAGGGGCUGUCUCUCGGCCGUCCUACACCACCCCAGCUUCGUCUAGCAACGCCAAUGGGGAGCAGCCAUACACCCCACGAGGGCCGUCCCCACCCUAAGGGUCUACCGCCGCUACAGAUCGGAUCUGGACUAUCAGCAGGAGGCUCAAGCGAUGCAAGCGCACAUUCGAGAUCAGGCAGUUUCAGUGAGGCUCAAGCAAACGGAUCGACAUCAGCCGCAUCGUCUUACUCUGCUGCCCUUGGCUUUCCCGGUCUCCAGCGUCCCCACCAAGGCUCAGACCCAAUAUCAGCAAUAUCACAGGGUGGGAGUGAGAGCGCGCCGUCGAUGGAGAGAGAGAACAGCUCCCAGCCGCUGCCAGACCUAGAAAAGAUGGCAGCUGAUAAGGGCGCGCCGUUAGAUGUGGAAGAUCUAGAUGAUGCAGGCUGGAGAGCUGCGAGCUCUAGGGGCAUGAUUGAAGAACGUGGUGGUCUGGGCGAAGGCGCCGGCGGUGCAGUGACAAAAUGCCUCCUGAAAGGCGGGAAGACGAUAUUCGCAUUGAAGAUCAUAACUACGAAUCCUGACCCAGACGUCAAGAAACAAAUCGUGCGUGAGCUAUCCUUUAACAAGAAUUGUGCUAGUGACCACAUUUGUCGUUAUUAUGGUGCUUUCAUGGAUGACAGCACAGGAACUAUUAGCAUUGCUAUGGAGUUUUGUGAGGGCGGAUCCCUGGACUCGGUUUAUCGGGAAGUCAAGAAGCUUGGUGGCCGGACGGGAGAAAAGGUGCUCGGCAAAGUUGCGGAAGGCGUUCUGAAUGGCCUGACCUAUCUCCACUCUCACCGCAUCAUUCACCGAGACAUCAAGCCCAGCAAUAUUCUUCUGUGCCGAAAUGGGCAGGUUAAGCUAUGCGAUUUCGGUGUAUCUGGAGAGUUUGGUACGAAAGGAGAUGCCAACACCUUCAUUGGGACAUCCUACUAUAUGGCGCCAGAGCGCAUCACUGGACAAAGCUACACAAUCACCAGCGACGUGUGGAGUCUAGGCGUGACGCUGCUUGAAGUGGCACAGCACCGAUUUCCUUUCCCGGCUGAUGGCACAGAGAUGAACCCUCGAGCUGGACUGAUCGAUCUGCUUACCUACAUCGUACGACAGCCGAUUCCGAAACUAAAGGAUGAGCCAGAGCAUGGUAUUAGGUGGUCUGAGAACUUCAAGUAUUUUAUUGAGUGCUGUCUUGAGAAAGAACCGCCACGACGGGCUACGCCAUGGCGCAUGCUGGAACACCCUUGGAUGGUCGAAAUGAAAGCCAAGAAGGUCAAUAUGGAACACUUCUUAAAGCAGGUCUGGGACUGGAAGGAUUAA